GGAAGUCACUCCGUGAGGCAGUGGCGACGGCGGCGGUGAGAGGAUGAACAACAAGUUCGACGCAUUGAAAGACGAUGACAGUGGGGACCAUGAUCAGAAUGAAGAAAACAGCACACAGAAAGAUGGUGAGAAGGAAAAAACAGAACGAGACAAGAGUCAGGGCAGCAGUAAGAGGAAGGUGGAGCAGUUCUGGAGGUUUUACAGCCACAUGGUCCGUCCCGGGGACCUGACAGGCCACAGCGACUUCCAUCUCUUCAAAGAAGGAAUUAAACCUAUGUGGGAGGAUGAUGCAAAUAAAAAUGGUGGCAAGUGGAUUAUUCGGCUGCGGAAGGGCUUGGCAUCCCGUUGCUGGGAGAAUCUCAUCCUGGCCAUGUUGGGGGAACAGUUCAUGGUUGGGGAGGAGAUCUGUGGGGCUGUGGUCUCUGUCCGGUUUCAGGAGGACAUUAUUUCAAUAUGGAAUAAGACUGCCAGUGACCAAGCAACCACAGCCCGAAUCCGGGAUACGCUUCGGCGAGUGCUUAACCUACCUCCCAACACCAUUAUGGAGUACAAAACCCACACCGACAGCAUCAAAAUGCCAGGCAGCCUGGGCCCCCAAAGGCUCCUUUUACAAAACCUCUGGAAGCUGCGGUUGAACGCGCCAUGACCCUCUCCCUCCCUGGAUGGCACCAUCAUUGAAGCUGGCAACAUCGGAGUCUCUUGUUUUGUUGGCGUGCUACCCAGAAGAUCCUUCCGUCCUGGACAAGAGGAAUUGGAAAAGCAUUUUAUGUCUUAAGAACCGGCUGACACGCAGCAGCUACAACAACAGCUGAGAUCACUUAAUAAAU